UGGCGAUAGCUGCACAGAAUAUUCUGUGAUAGCUGAUUGAUAAGUGAUAAGGGUUAAUAAAAGAUCUAAAGAUCUUUUUUAAUUGUACGUUCCUUUUUAAAAUCAUAUACCUAAUUGAUGUUAUUUAUUUAUUUGGAAACGUCUUAUUACUUAUUUAUAAUAUUUUAUGUUAUUACUUCGUACAAUAAUUUGAAGUCAUGUCUUUAUUUCCGGCAUUUCUAGAUAGCUCAAACAAAUCUAGUUCAACUGCAGAUGUGGAAACAAACAAAGAACAAAAAGGGCAACCAGAAUGGCUUAACAAUUCUAGUUUUAAGCCUGAAGCUUUAAAGUUAAUUAAAGAUGGAAUCAAAGAAAAUGAAAAACAAGAGCAUGAGAUAAAUAUUCGAAAUUCUUAUAAACUGUACAAAAAAUUACAUGGGAAAAAGAAAAAAAAGAAGGAUAAAAAACAUGUUAAAAAAAUCAAACGACCAAAAUUAUACGUUGACCAUAUUUUAAAGGAUUGUGAUUUUAUUACAAUCGAUUGUAAAAGAGAAUUGGGAAAUUUAAAAGUUGAAAAACUGUAUAGACCUGCAGCUCCUGUGUUUCGUGUUAGUAAUAAGUAUCGUGUUCUAGAUCAUCAAGGAUGGGUAUAUAAUUCUUUUAAGCAAAAACAAAUUAAACGAUAUUACACUUUAAAAGAAAAAGAUUGUGGUGACAGAAGUAUUGAGAUAAAUAUAGAAGAAGAUUGUUUAACUCAAAAUAAAAUGUUGAUAAAUAUGUCUAAAAAAGUUCAAGAAGAAGAUGAUAUUGAAAAAGUCCAGUUAAAUUCAAUAAAAUGUGAGAAUAACUUAACUGAAUUGACUGCUGGGUAUAAUAAACAUUUAGCAGAACAGCCAAAUGAUAUUGAUUCAUGGAUAAAAUUUGUAAAUCAUCAAGAAGCCUUAUAUUCUUUAAACCGUGGGUAUGGUUAUAAAUGCAAAUUGAAUAAAAAAGUCAUCUUAGAGAAGCAAAUUGCUAUAUUAGACAAAGCACUAUCAAUUAAUUUUGAAAAUGGCCAACUUUUAGAUAUGAAAUGGACGCUUGCUGAAGAUUAUUUUACACCAGAAGAACUUAAUAAAGAGUUGUUGAAAGAAUUAGAAAAAUAUAGUUCAUCCAAAUCCCCUCAAGCAUUAUUAUGGUGUCAUUAUAUAAAUGUAAAUCAAAACUCUUUAUCAGACUGUACAACCUCUAGUGUUCUGAAAAGGUAUUCAGAUGCUAUGUUUGCCCUGGGUAAAAUAAAAAGAGGUUUACCAUUGAAUGAACAACUUGAUAUACAACAAAAUAUUAUCGAGCUGUUUGUGAAGUGUGGUUUAUUUCUGAGACAGGCUGGACAUUAUGAACAGUUGUUAACAUUAAUAAACAUGUAUUUUUCAAUCAGCAUUAACCAUUUUGAUAGUGAUCUUAUCGAAAAGUUUUAUAUCGAGUCAUCUGAUGACAUAAUUUUUGAUAAUGAACUGAAAACUAUGCCUCUAAAUAAAGCAUGGUAUCAAGUGGAAUCAUUAAGAACACGCGAUCGUUGGUUACCUCUUCCUAAGCAUAUGGCAGAUGAUGCAGAAGAUCCUCAAAGAGUUGUUUUACCGGAAGAAAUGGCAGAAUUAGUUCAACCUUUAGCCAUUCAUAAGUCUGUCAUUGCAAAUCUGGUUACCGCUUGCUUUAUUUUACUAAAAAUGCCCAUUUUACCAUUUCGUCAUUUUGUUGCAUACCAAUUAGGCAUUCAUAAAUGUCAUUAUUAUUUAGAUAGUCUUGAGACUGUUCUCAGCAGCCUCUUUAUGGCUCAUCAUUUUGAAGAUUCAAACUUUGGCGAAAAGAAAGCAAGUAAUGCAUUAUUGGUAAUGCUCAACACAGCAAUGCCACCUAACUAUUAUGAAGAAUCUAUUUCCAGCCAAACAUAUUCUAGUUUCUUAACUACCAUUUUAAGACAUAUAACUGAUUGUUUGAACGCUAUGGAUUAUAUUGAUGAGGCUAAUAUGUUUUUGGUAUGGUGGUUAAGAUUUGAAAGGUAUCGUAUGAUUGUAAAUUUCAGAUCUGAUAACAGUCGUUUGGUGUCUGAAGUAAAAUUGUUGCUUGGAAAACCUCAUUACAGAAAUAAUAUUCCUCUGUUCAUUGAAUUUGCAUUACUCAAAAACCAAGUAGGCAAAAAAGAUGAUGCAUUAAAAAUUUUACAGAAAUUAAUAGAUGGUCAAUCUGUUUUGUUGGAUAAUCAACCAGUUUAUUUAAACAUUACUUAUCGAGCAUCAUACACAGCUAUUUACAAGAAUAUAGUAGAAAUAUUGAUUCAAUAUGAAUGCAAAGAAAAAGCUUUACAAACACUUAUAGCUCUUGCAACUGGAGUAUUACCAGAGCAAGCAAGUUUAAAUUUAACAGAAGAAGCCAUGCUUGUAUUUGAUAAUGUCACGGAGAAUAUUCUAAAUGAAAAAGAACAAUUUGCAUAUUGUGAUCUGAAGUAUAAUUAUAUACCACAAUUUCUUAUUGAAUGGAUUAUCUGCCGUGCUUGGUUUUUGUAUUUGACUCAAAAUGUACAAGAUUCUGUAUCUAUGCUAAAAGAUGUAAUCAGAAAAAUUGAAAAUAUUAUAACAACAGAAGGCUACCAAAAAAAUCAUGCUGCUGAAGAAAUCUUAACUGAAACCAUGAUUGUCAUUUUAAAUUAUCAUUGUAACAAAUCAAAAACGUAUCAUAAAGAAUUAAAAAUAUGUUUACGAAGUUCUAUAUCAAAGUACUCUCACAAUAUGCAAUUUUUAUUUUCAAUGGUUUGGAAUGAGACUAAGUAUGGAGGUUUUGGAACACCACUAUGGCAAAUUGAAAAUGUUUAUGUUGACAAUGGUGUUGCUAAAAAUAUGGAAACCGUCAGAUUAAUGUUGAUUCUUGUGGGCAGAGAACGAUUGAGAAUAGCAAGUGAUGUAGCAAGAAAACAUUUGAAUGACAAUGAUAGCUCCAUGAGUAUAUAUGGAGGUGGAAAUAUUUUAGAUGUAUGCAAAAACAUGCGUAAUUUGUUUGACUAUUUCAUAAGAAAUCUUAGUAAUAUCACAGGAAUGAAAAAGUGUCCAAUGUUUUGGAGACUUUAUCUACAUUAUAUAUCUGAAACCUCACCAUUGGAUUAUAAAAAAUGUUACUAUGAAGCCGUUGAAAACUGUCCAUGGCAUAAAUUUUUAUACAUGGAAGCUGCAUUUUACCUUCUAGAAGAGCUGCCAAAUAUCUGUGACAUAUUGGUUGAAAAAGAGUUACGAAUACACAUUACACAAGAAGAGUUGUUAGUGUUAAGAGAAGAUUAAAUUAAAUAUAAUAUUUAGUAAUAACUAAUUUUUAAUACUAAAAAAAGGAUUAUAAGAUAUUAUCAAAUUAUGCAUGUACGAGUGAAUUCAAUUACUCUUUGUCAACUAAUGAAAUGUAUAGUUUUUUGUAAUUAUGUCAACAUAUUGUAACAGUUCAAAAUGGUUUGUGUAAUGUAUGAAAUAAGACUGAAUAUUUUGUAUAAUAUAGUUAUUUAAAAAAACAUUUCAAUUGC